UUAAGCGCAAAGAUGGCGUCCAUCAUGGAAGGGCCGCUGAGCAAAUGGACUAACCUCAUGAAGGGCUGGCAGUACCGGUGGUUUGUUUUGGACUACAACGCGGGACUGCUGUCAUACUACACCUCAAAGGACAAGAUGAUGCGCGGCUCCAGGAGAGGCUGUGUCAGACUGCGGGGAGCGGUGAUCGGGAUUGAUGACGAGGACGACAGCACUUUUACCAUCACCGUGGACCAGAAGACUUUCCAUUUUCAAGCCCGAGACGCGGAUGAACGGGAGAAGUGGAUUCACGCCUUAGAGGGGACAAUACUGCGACACGCCCUUCAGCUCCGGGAGGCCGAGGCGGCGUUUGUUCCAAGUGUUCAGGACUUCGACAAAAAGCUUGCAGAGGCUGACGCGUACUUGCAGAUUCUGAUCGACCAGUUAAAGCUCUUUGAUGAGAAGAUAAAGGACUGCAAAGAUGAGGAAUCGCGCAAAAAAAUUGAGAACCUAAAAGAAACAACUUGUAGUAUGGUAGAAUCUAUCAAACACUGUAUAGUUCUACUUCAGAUUGCCAAGGAUCAGAGUAACGAACAGCAACACGCAAACGGACUAAUAAGCACCAUAAACCCAGUGGAUGGAGUUUAUCAGCCCAGCCCUCUGGACACCUCUGUAGUCAGUGCCACUGCCAUGCCAACACACUCCACCCUUCCCACAGAUGGAGCUCAGGUUUGUAAAGCGGAACAGAGGCCUUCUUCUCUACCAGUGGGUCCUGUCGUCACGGUGAUGGGCAGCCUUCAGACACCCACUCCCAACAGCACAGGGAGCGGCCCUUCCGCCCCGAGCAGCAGUGUGACCUCACCCAGUCACAUGACGGUGCCGGCCCGCUCCGUCCCUGACUUCUCCUACUCAAGCAGCGAGGACGAGUUCUACGAUGCUGACGAAUAUUACCAGAGCAAUGCGUCACCCAAACACUGCAUAGACCCUUCCAGAAGCCCAGCGGCAAACAGCGAAGGAAGUUCAGCUCUCAAGCGACCUGACACCAACGAGUCCCUCAGCUCCUCCAUGUCCAACGGCACGACCGACGCAGGUACACGCGCGUGUGAGAGCAUGCAGACACGCGCGCGUGCGCACGCACGCACGGACCAGUAUGACAGUCACGACGAAAGGGAAGACGAAGGAGAGGGCGAGUCCGUGGAGGAGCACAAGAGUGUCAUCAUGCAUCUGCUCUCCCAAGUGCGGCUGGGCAUGGACCUCACCAAGGUGGUUUUGCCUACAUUUAUCUUGGAGAGGAGGUCGUUGUUAGAGAUGUAUGCAGACUUCUUUGCACAUCCGGAUUUGUUUGUCUGCAUCGCGGAGCACGCGGAGCCCAGGGACCGCAUGGUGCAGGUGCUGAAGUGGUACCUAUCAGCCUUUCACGCUGGCCGGAAAGGAUCUGUGGCCAAGAAGCCCUACAACCCCAUCCUGGGAGAGGUGUUCUUCUGCCACUGGGAGCUGCCGUCAGAAACCGAGGAGCCUGCUACUGUGGAGCCUGUUUCGGAAGGUCCAGUGCCGUACUGUAGCCGGAGCAGUGUGUCAUUUGUGGCAGAGCAGGUUUCUCACCAUCCCCCCAUAUCUGCAUUCUAUGCUGAGUGCAUCAGCAAGAAAAUCCAGUUUAAUGCACACAUCUGGACUAAAUCCAAAUUCCUUGGAAUGUCCAUCGGAGUACACAAUAUUGGCCAAGGCUGCGUGUCCUGUCUGGAGCAUGAUGAACACUACAUUCUCACUUUCCCAAAUGGUUAUGGGAGGUCGAUCCUUACCGUACCGUGGGUGGAGCUGGGCGGAGAGUGCACCAUUUCAUGCUCCAAGACUGGCUACAGUGCCAACAUUGUGUUUCACACCAAACCCUUCUAUGGCGGCAAGAAACAUAGGAUAACGGCGGACAUUUUCGGCCCGAGUGACAAGAAACCGUUUUGCUCCGUUGAAGGAGAAUGGAAUGGAGUGAUGUAUGCAAAAUGGGCAACUGGGGAAAACUCUGUGUUUAUUGACACAAAGAAAAUAGGCAUUAUUAAGAAGAAAGUGCGGAAGUUGGAAGAUCAGUUGGAAUAUGAAUCCAGGUGCUUGUGGCGGGACGUAACGUUGAACCUGAAGCUAAAGGACAUCGACGCAGCCACAGAGGCUAAACGCCGUCUCGAGGAGAAACAGCGAGCCGAGGCAAGGGAGAGGAAGGAGAGAGAAGUUCAGUGGGAGACGAGACUGUUCCAUGAGGAUGGCGAGUGCUGGGUUUAUGAUGAGCCUCUCCUGAAGAGAAUGGUAUCACUGCGGCAUUAGCACAGUCUCUCCUGAAAUUAGAGUCUGCAGAAAGAACUCUUUUACAAUUCACCUUUCAUCUACAGCCUUGGAAUGACUGAUUAAAAUGGAAAUUUAUGCAGCUUUGCAUUUUCAAAGUGAAUGAUAAGAACUGAACUCUAUGCGAAUAAAUAUAAAAUACAAAUUAUUCUUUUCUUGCCAACUUCACGACUUCCACCUCUCCACCGCCCCUUUAAGAAAGAUAAAAAAAAAAAAAAAAAAAAAAAAAAACACCACAGAAAGACACUGAGGUAGUUAAUGACUCCUUAGCAACCCAAACAAACGCUCUUGUUCUGGCUGCAUGGGUCAUUCCAACAGACAUACUCUAUGCUGGGUGGGUUUGGGGGGGGUAUGGUGUUUUAAUCAAUCUAGCUCUGAAAACAACAGCAUUUUGUAUCUCAGGGAAUCAGGUGACUGAGGGUUAAAGGCUGUAACUUCUGACAUUCAAAAGGCCUUACAGGUAGAACCACGACAUGAGAGAAUUAUGCUUGCCUACAGCUAGCUACAGAUAUUUAUAUGUAGAACUAUAUAAUUCUCCUUUUAUCUUUUUUCCAUCUGUAACUCUGCAAUGGUAAUGGAUUGAAAAUAGGAACUUGGCAUACCGAGAAAAAAACCUAAAAACCCAAUCCUCUUUUUUUUUUUUUAGAGGUUUUGCAUCAAAUCAUACUUACCUGCUGACGAGACCAAUUUGCAUCUAAAGGAAAUAAAUUUGUUGUCAUGGUGAUGGUCCGUGCCAACUGUGAAGAUUUUCCCCCCUCUUUUUUGUUAACUUUAAGAUAUGAUUUAAUAACAUGCUGUUGAGCCCAAAGGAAGGCUGUGGGUUGCAGCAUGAGUGUCCAGUUUCAGUCCAAUGCAACGCAUCAACCUAUUGUGAAAGUCGCAGUGUCCAUUAGGAAUAGGUAUGCCUCUUGGUACACAGUGUGCCAAGCUGUAAGCUAAUGGUCACCCUGUUAUUAAAUACCCCCAUAAUCGCUCGCUCUCGUUCUCACUCUCUUCAUGCCUUUAUAUUUUAGUCCAAAUAAACAAAUGUUACCAAAUAGCCUUAUAAGUAAUGUAUAAUUUUAGUUUCACAUUCAUAUAGAAUUGAGUGUCAUUUCAUUCUACUUCCACAAGGAUAAUUCACUUUUUCUGUAUAAAACUAAAGUGAUCCAGAUUUGGACUCUGGGAGAGCAUCGCUGUAUGCAAUGUUGAUGAUUACAUGGGCAGAUUGGUGUCUAGGAGUAAUUAGUGCUUUCAGAAAUGCUAAUAAGGUAAGCUGAUAUCGGCUUUCUCGAGGGUGCGGGGGAUCACAUCAGAACUGGCAAAAGUUUUUAAACUCCAAAGCCAUGUUUUUUUUCAUAUUGUAUUUGUAAAUUUAUCUGAAAUGGAGGCCUUUCCAUAUACAUACAUUUCAAUAUCAUGCAGUGUUGCUUUGCAAAAGCACUCCAACCAAAAUCCCCACCCCUUGACAUAACCAUUGAUUGUACCAGACUUUCAUGUUUAUUGAUGCAUAAUAUUAAAUCUCAACGAGACCAA